UUCACUUCAAAGUUUAGACGGUUACACGUGAACAACUAUGUUCAAAAUAUUUCAAACUACUUGUAUUUGGUUUUUGUUCCAAUGCAUUGAGUAUGCACAGGCAGAAUAUAAAUGUGUCUGUAGUUUCGAUGGGGCAAGACCGGUAUUCACAAAGGCAGACAACACCUCUGGAGUAAUCGGCUUCUUAAAAACGAAUGGCUGUCGUCAGUUUGUAUAUCCAGUGGAUGAAACAUGGAACGCCAUUGUGUUUAUGCAUCAGCUGGGUUACAUUAUGUCCAACACAAGCAUGAUAGAAACCUGCUUUUCUGAGCCAGUUGACUCAUGUACGAUCGACAUUACACACACGAAAAUAGGGUUAUGUUGCAUGAUUACAACAGAACACACGACAUCCAUGACAAUAUUCACAACUCCAUCUACGUCUAAAGGCAUUUUUUCUUCUCCAUCGACGGAAACAUCAGGAACCGAUCCUUUAACAAUAUCUGACACAUCAACAACAACUUCGACUAUUCUUACACAAAGUCCAACGACUAAAACUACGAGUAGAGAUACCAAUCAAUUUUCGUAUACAACGACCACAUCAACGACUGGGGCUUCGACAAUGUCUACGACUGUAUUCACUUCUUUGUCAGCAGCAUCACCAGAAGGAAAUAUUGAGCUGUGCCCGAGCAACGUCAAGGAUGACGUAAACUUAUUCCACGGCUAUCUGGGCCAAUAUGGAAAUUUGUGUUUGGAGCUAGUACCGGUCAAGACACAGUGGCAUAACGCUCAAAGACACUGUUCGGUCGCCGGCCAUGGGGAUCUUGUUGAUAUAAGAGACAAAUGGAAACAAGACUAUGUUUUGCGAUUUUUGGCCAAUCACACAGAUGUGAAGUCCAUCUGGCUCGGAUUGACAGACAGCGAGAAAGAAGGGGCUAUAUCCGAAGGACAGUUUACUUGGGUAACAGGUGGAUCAGUAAGCUACUCUAACUUAGGUCCGGAUUACAUGAGUCAUACAGACGAAAACCACAAUCUAAACGACUGCGUGAUAAUGAAGCAGGGUGGAGAAUGGACAGAUGUGCCCUGCGGAGUGGCUUUGGUUCUGGGAACAGGGUUUGGGGAGAGCCAUUGCUUCAUUUGCCAAUACAGCAUGACGUCGAAACCAUUCGACGUAGUGCACGAACUUGGGUCAGCAUUGGUCGGUUGAAUACUAGUAGUUUAAUGGGAAAUGACGACACGUGGUUUACCAAAUAAUGCAACUUAAUUGUAGUCGUUGCUUUAGCUUUCAAGAAAACUUGCUUCACAUGGAUCGCUUGGCAUAUUCAAAUUUGAAUAUUAAUAAAGUAUUGUCGUAUAUUGAAAAACAAUAUAUUUUAGUGUCAGAUUGAAAAAAUAUGCAUAAGAAUUAUCUUUCCAAAUAUAAUUUUAUAUAGUUCAUCGAGUAUCAUCAUUCGUAAUUUGUAAAAUAAUAAAGCGUCUGUUAAAGCGUUUGUAUCUCUGUUGAUCAAUAUUAAAUCUGGAAUACAUGUAUUGAAAAAAAAAUAGAUUAAAAUAGGCUCUUAUAUUCAAAAGACUGAAUGACCCAGUGGUAGCGCGAUAGAUUUAACAAACGUUAAAACUUUGAUGCAUACAUUCCGGUCCUAUUGUUUUCACAGGUGGAAGUAACGUACCCUGGAUAGUAUAUGUUACUGACAUAUAACCAUAA